CUUUGCUCGUUUUGGAUAGCAACCAAUAAAGCGCGGCAGCGACUUAUCGCCGGGAAUUCGUUUCUCCAUCGAUAUUUUCUGGAACACUGCUAAGCUCGUUUGGAGUUGGAUUUACAUGCCCAUAAGGGACUAUCACUUGAGUACAAUAUAUCCCUAUGCGUGCACUUAUUAAUGUAUCCCAUAAUCCUCCCCCCCAAAAAAAAAAUAUCUGGUAAUCUUGAGCAAUAUUCACACAAGCUUUUUUCACUCCCUGCACACACCACUGCAGCUCCAAGAGGACAAAGUGAUGCGAGAUACAUGUGACGUGGAAAACACAAUUCCCGGAAUAACGUUCCAGGCUGUCCUGGCUGAAAUGAAGCACCAUUUGUAACAACCCUUUUUUUAAUCUCCACUGUAUUGUGUUGCCCUUUCCAAUAUGUCCAACUUUAGGUAUGACCGAGAAGAAUUGAUAUGUACGAUUCGCUGGGAUCAGAAUUUCCGGAGUGUGAUGACAUACACACUGUCCGCUUUCUCCGUGUGUUUCUUCGGGCCCAUUUGCAUCAUAACAACCUCCUACAUUGUCAUGCUGGUGGCAUACCAUCGCAACGCGUUUAGAAAAAGUGACAACAACAAGACGUCCCGUCGUUUGGCCCAGAUGGCCCUGGUGAUGGUUGCAGCUUACCUCAUGUGCUACACACCAUUUGCCCUUACCAAGGUGCUGAAGGUGGCAAGCAGCAGUCUGGAUGCUGUGCCUGCUUGGCUAUCAACGACGUCGUCUUUUGCCGCAUAUUCGAACUCGGCAAUCAACCCAAUUAUUUACAGGCUCCUGGGCAGGAGCAGAAGAGUGAGGAAGAAAGGAGAUGGAAACAAGAUGACGCUGUGUUUCAGAGCACGCAAUUGGUGUCACGUUUCAGAACACAGGGUGGGUCCAGCCCCAAGUAUAUCUGCUUUAAUCGAAUCCCAAUCAUUUAACCCCCCUACUCCUUCCCAAAGUGCACAACGUGCCAAGGGCGUUGAAUAAUUAAACCGGAAAAUUUUAUUUUCCAGGGAAUAUUGGUUAGCAUCAGCAUGACAGGCAAUUUCUCCACAUACUGUAGUCAAGCUUUGCUACUAUAAGUUGCACUUUUUUUGGAAUGCAUCAAUUACUGGAUCCUGCCUGUCCAAAUAUACGUCGUAAUUAUCUUUCUGAUAACAGGUUGGAACAUUCUAUUAUUAUUACAAAGAAAACUGGGUGAUUCCAUUCAGUGCUGUAAACGUAAUCUUCUACUCACAACAUCAGAUCCAAGUUUCAUCAGCAUUGAGGAUGUCAGCCAUAAAUGAAUUCUGAUCAAAAUCGUUUUGUUUUAUGCGUUGAUGCACAGUGCAUAUUAUAUUGCUUAAAAGUAAUUCAACUGCAGUUCGCUCAAUAUAGGCAUGUCCUCCUGAUAAUUUAACUUGACUGUCAAUAAUGCUUGUAAUGUCAGAAAUGUAUGACAUCCUAUAUUACCAGUUGAUCCAGAAAAUAUUUUAGCAAGCACUAAUGUAAUCGGUAAAUGCUAUUUAUUUAGGACAUUGUUUAUGAUUGUGAGCGUAAUUAUUAUUUUAAAGAUAUUGUGUCAGAAAACAAAAUUAAUAAUGAUAAAUGAGAACCACGAUUGUGCAAAAUGGAGGAUACAAUUAUUGUGGAUUGUGCAAAAUGGAGGAUACAAUUAUUGUGGAUCUUAUUUUAUACAUUGUAUCGCCAUAUUGCAGAAACCCUGGGGUAUUCCUUGCUCUGUACUUUGAGUGACAAGGGAGAAGAGACGACCAUGGGCUGAAAGAGCAGAAAGUUGGGGUUUCUUAAGAAGAAUACAACACAGACACAGGCAAUCUGUACCUGGCCCACAGCGUCAAAAAGCAAGAGAUUGGUUUGAAAUGUAUUUGGACGGUAGAAAGCAAUGCGUAAACAUGGGCAGUCUUUCCUUGGUCAUUUCUUCUCAUAAAUAAUAUAACAUAAAAUGUAUAUUAUUAUAAAGUUCUAUAUAACGCAGGUGACAUUAUUAUCUAUAUCAUAGGAAGUUCAUUAGAAAACGUACAUCUAAAUUUACAAGAUUACUCUACAACCGUUAAAAAACAUUCACCUUGAAACUCCACCUGAAUGCAAACCCAAUAUGUAACUGUUAUGAACCAUAACUGAACUACAGCUUGGAACCGCGGCACUUUGCCCAUAACCACUAUCAACAGUACAAUUGAAAAUGUUUCGUCAUCUAAGCAUCUUGGCAUCUGGAUCCAUUAUCAUCUCAACUUGAAACCUCAUCACAAUUUUUGCAUUAAAAAAAAUAGGAAUGUAGACAGUGACUUUGUACAGAAACGAAUCCCGUUCCUUAUCUUCUACACAGAAACUAGCUGCUACCUUCACCGUCUUUAAACUAUGAGGGGCAUUCAUUGGGCCAAGUUCAUCUUCAGUGCAUGCGCACAUCACUGUCUCUCACUUACACAAAAGUGUUUUUUCAGAACCAAAAUGAUUGACAUCUUAGAAGUCCCACAACACUCAAGUGUCUUGUUCCAUAAAUACACCUAAUAUGGUUCUCUCUCAUCCUGUGCCAAUGCUCAAAACACCAGGAAUUGCAUCGCUUAAAAAUGUCCUUGGUUAAUCUCUAAUCUACAUCAUAAUCUGAUGAUGAACUGUCGAUUAUCUAUAUCUUCGGUUUCAAUUGCAUUUGACAUAUUCUUUACUCUUUAAAUAUCAGUGUAGUCACCCUAUAUCUGUUUAAUAUUUCUGUAGUUUAAUUUGUAACUUGACGUCGAUGAGUUUAGAAGUAAUCUGCCUGAGCUGCCUUUCGCUGCAGGGAAUUUAUAAUGGAUAUUGAUUUGUAUGUGUGCAUGUUUUAGGAUUUAUCACGUGGCACAGGUGUGUUUACUCUGAUUUCGAUUUGCGCCAUUGCUGUAAUUUUGGUUUGUUUUUCAUUUUGUUGACCCAAGGUCACUUUUGCAAACGAAGUUAUCCUUGUCCCUUGAAUUUUCAAUUGGUUAAAUAAAAUAAAUAUGAAACUUGAACACUGCGGCAUAUGUCAAGAGUUUGGUGUCACCGAUAAUUGAUUUGCUCAAGGGUGCUGUUGAUUUUCAAUUUCGGUUAUAGACCUUGCUGAAGUAGCAGAAAAAA